AUGUCCUACUAUGAGCAUAUUGUGUUUGACGUAAACGACACUGAUUCUGGCAACUUGGGGGUGGACCUGGAGGAGCCGUGUGACCUGAAUCAAGUGAUAACCCCUGACCUCCAGCGAGUGUUCCUCCCUGUGGUUUACGGCUUCAUCUUUGUCCUGGGCAUCGCUGGGAACGGCCUGGUGGUGAUGGUGCUUGGCUGCCAGCGCAGGUCCAAACUGAGUCUGACAGACCGCUACCUGCUGCACUCCGCGCUGACGGACUGGCGAUUUGGAUUAGGCGCCUGUGUGGCCGUGCACGUCAUCUACAUGGUGAAACUGUAUGGGAGUGUGCUCAUCCUGGCCUUCAUCAGUCUGGACUGCUACCUAGCCAUGGUCAAAGCAACAGACGCACACGCCUCAGGCACGAGACAGCUACUGGCACGGAGACUGGUGUAUGUAGGAGCCUGGGCGCCUGUGGCUCUCUUGGCCGUGUCAGACAUAGUGUUUGGCAGGACUUGGGAAGCAGGAGAUGGGACGAUUGUGUGCCAGCGCUUAUACUCAGCUCACAACGCUCCUCUCUGGGUGUCGGUGUUCCACCUGCAGCUGGUGUUUGUGGGCUUGGUGGUACCGGGCCUAGUUUUGCUGGUGUGUUACUGUGUCAUCGUGUCCAGGCUGACCUGCAGCGGCCCUCUGCAGGGGCAGAGACAUAAGCGCAGAGCUGUCAGGACCACUGUGGCGUUGGUCCUCUUCCUGUGUUGGCUUCCCUAUGGCGCUGGCAUCACUGUGGAUGCCCUCAUGCGCCUAGAGGUCCUUCCCAGGGGCUGCAGGCUGGAGGUGGUGCUGGGUGUGUGGCUGGCGGUGGCUGAACCAAUGGCAUUUGCCUACUGCUGUCUAAACCCGCUGCUGUACGGCUUCCCGGGGGCGGACUUCAAGAGCUCCGCCAGACGGGCGUUGGCGCUCUGUCGCGUCGUCUGUCGUCGGAAGAUUCCACCUCGCAGACGCCCAGGAACCUCUACUAACACAGAGUCUGAAUCAUUUAGUCUACACUUCAGCUAA